GUCGCGAUCUGGUGACUUCCCGCACAGACUUCGACUCGCAGUGAGCCUCGGCGAUUUAAUCACCACGGUCUCGUCAGCAAAGCAAGCAGGCAGUGCAAGUGAGUGCGAAGGAUAGCGGGUUUGCCGUUGCCAUCGACCGUCAUGGUGCCAAUCGAUAGCGUCCACUACGAUCGGUGAUUUUAUUUCGGCGACUGUCCUGUUUUAGUGGCACCGGAGGCGUCAAGUUUCUACCUUCCCGCCGGACCGGGCUGCUGGGAUUGUAUGGGAUCGACACUUGAUUUGCGUCGUGCACCGUAAAGCUGCAACCUGAGCAAACCGCAACGAGGCUGACGGGGAAUUCCACUGGCAGGAAUUGACUCAGGUUGACAAAAACGAUUCAGAUGGACUAAUUAUUUUAAUUUUCUACCAAUACUUCAAUAAAAUUCAACUCAAUCGAGCCUCGAGUUGAAUAACCUCACCCUUUCUGUGGUUGAACCAUUUCCGUGGCAACUGGUGGAAUGUGUGAUUGCCUAAACCGGGCCCGGUAAGCCGUACAAUUUCUGCUCACGUCAGCAAGAUCAACGUGUGCGGAAGGGUUUUGGCGAAAACCUUUCGACCCAGACGCAAAGUCGGUCAAAUUUGAAUUAUUUGCCUAGCAGACUGUUUGGUUUCUUAUUGCAAAAGGCCUUUAAGCAACUUUUAGUCUUCCCUCGUGACCAAACGCACCCGAGACGACCGUGCACAGGAACCAGGAACAAAAAGGGUCACAAGAGAGGGAGGCGGCACAGUGACGUUGCUGUAAGCCACACACACACACAGACACAAACACACAUCAUCCCCGGUACACGGCCGUAGGACGGUUUCGCGAGCUCCACUACCCAUUACUUAUGGACCAUUCCGAGCAUCACGACUACAGCCAGCACGCAAACAUGUCGAGUGGAGGAGCGCACGCAGGACACACCGGGCACGGGACAGUGGACCACAGUGCACACGAUCACACGAUGAUGGAUCAUGGGGCGCACGAUCACCAUCACGGGGCGGCCGGCGGCAUGGGUGCGGCCAGCCCUGCCGGAAUGGUACACCACAUGAUGUCGAUGUCGUUUCACGGCGGCUACGAUGAGACGAUUCUGUUCGAGCAGUGGAAAAUCGAUAGCCUGAGCGGGCUGCUCUGGUCGAUGCUGCUCAUCUUCGUGAUGGCCGCACUGUACGAGGGCUUGAAGUACUACCGGGAGCAUCUGUUCUGGCGAACGUACAACGCGCUCCAGUACCGCCCGGUCACCGUGACGGAGAAAAGCAACGGCAACGGGGUGACGGUGGCCGGCGGCACAGCCACCGACGACCGGGCCGGCGGUGCCGGCGUGGGCGACGGUCUAAACGGAGCCAGCGGCACCGGCACGCCCGGCGGGCUGAACGAGGAGGGCGCCCGCAUUGUGCACAUGGUUGGCGAAGUGAUCCACAAGCAACCAACCCAGUACAGACCGACGAUGCUGUCGCUGAUGCACCUGUUCCAAACGCUGCUGCACAUCCUACAGGUCACGUUAAGCUUCCUGCUGAUGCUGAUCUUCAUGACGUACAACACGUGGCUCUGUCUGGCGGUGGUCCUGGGUGCCGCCCUUGGGUAUUUCCUGUUCGGUUGGAAAAAGUCCGUCAUCGUCGACGUUACUGAGCACUGUCACUAAAAGACACCACCAUCACGAAAUCCCGCGAUCGGCAAUACAGCGUUCUGUCUGGCUCUGGCACCGACGGUGGUAACAUCGACCCGGCCCGAUGUUCUUCCAUACUAGGGGGGAGCGGGCUGUCAUACCACCUGUUUCUAUCGACUGUUGAGAGCUAUGAACUAUGAAUUCUGUGGUUAUUUGUAGUGUAAAAAAAGGGGGAGAGGUCGAAAAGUAGGAGGGCAAACAUCGAAAAACAAAAAGACAUGGUCCACGAUUACGGCUAGAGUUCGGACAGCAACAAGAGAGGCGAACAAAAAGAUGAGGUGCACUGAGCUGGAUUGUCCUGGUACCACCAUCGAGCUGGUUGAUUGUCAUCGACAGUUGCAGGAGAUCGCCGGCAAUACAUACCAGGGCAUAUUACAUUAGUUGUGCAAUACGAAUUUACCUGUUUUGGAAAUGACCUGGCGGGUACGCUGACCGGGGCCCGCCCUAGCGAUGGAUCGCCACACUGUGUUUGGUCGCGUGUCGUGUAUUUAUAGCUAAUUUGAUAUCUCGAGUGAAGAUAGAGGAAAACCCCCAUUUGCCGAAUUCAUCGCUGACGGUAGUAGUACAUUUUAUUACGCUCAAGUUAAACAAACAAAAGAAGAAAAAAAAUACAACAAAACAUUUACUAGAGGGACGUUAGGGGGGGUGGGUUGGUUUUUUAAACCGUUUCGCGCUCAAACUAAGUGAAAGGAUUUGUUUUUGUGCAACAAGCGUUGUGGCAAGCACACACCCCUUUCGAACUAAACCCACUUAAGGCGAAAAGUUUCCUAUCGACAAUGUUACUAGCAAACACACCGACACAGAACAAACGAAAGACAAACACAAACCCUUUUUGUAAAUAACAUAAUCAAUGGUGCCGAGUGUGAGGGGGAAAAGAGAGAGAGGAGGUUCAUGCAAGCCGCUAGAACAGGUGUAAAAGUGCUGCGACGAUAUCAUAUUACACCGUUACACAGGGUCACCACACACGCGCGCGCAAUGGGGUACAAGGAAUGGUGGUACCAGAACAUGAAUUGAAAAGCGUACAUGAGCUUUUAUGCUUGUACACAGGAUGCUGGCACAUGUUGCGCGGUAGUGGUGGAACGCACACUAAAUGGAGCAAAAAACAGGGCCGCAAGUUAAGGAACACAGGACCGAAACCAGUAAAGCACCUUCCGUGUGUGUGUGUGUCUCUACGUGUAAGGAAGGAAAGGACAUAUUUUAGGGAGGAAUUGAAUCAAAAUGGCUGUUGGAUGUAUUUUUAACAUAAAAAUCAAUCCCUUAGAUGCUUGCAUUAUAUUAGUACAGCAGAGAAUUCCAAUAUCGCCAGGUGCAUCCGUUUUUGUAUUGGGCAGGCUUAUUAGGGAGGAAAGCAAGCAUGAAUUGGCGAGCAAAAGAACAAGAACCAGAAACACCUUCCAUUCGUUUCCGGAAUAGCAAAACAAAACAUUAAAAAAUGGCCAGUUAGUCUGCGAAGUUAAAUCCAGCAUCCAUUCGUCGAGCUCCAUUUGUCUUUUACAUAUUCUCUGCCACGGUGUUAAUAAUGUAGCUGCAGUUUUCGUUGCUUUCGUCUGCUGCAGUACCAAACCCUUCCAAAACCCCCACCACCCACCACCACCAACUACUACCAUCCAAGGUUUUGUUUGUUUGUUUAGUUUUUAAAUAUCCCUUUCGGUACACCGCGUUCUUUCGGUAGUGUAGACCAUAAGUUUAUAUCUUUCUUUCUUUUUUUAUAUCCAUGUUGAUUAUGUUAUGUGUUUCGUUCUGUUAGCUAGUGUAGAAUAAGUUGGAGCUUUUGAAAAAAAAGAAGCAAAAAAAAGCACACACAGAAACAUAAAUACCACUGAGAGUGAAGGGCGAUGUUAAGCGAUCGCUUUUGUUAUGAACAAAAUAAUACAAACAAAAAGAAAAACAACCCAAAACCCCGAUUCGGACCGGUAACAAACAAGCGGAUUGCUUACUCAGGUGGUGCCGCUGACACAUGGAUGGAGAUGGAAACGGACAGUGUAAAUCGUUAGAAUUGUAUACACAAAGGAGCGUGCGCGCCUCCUCCGCGUUGAAUUUAGAUAGGGAUGAUUUUAAGACGAGCAACAGGAACUGCAGCGGAAGAAGAGGAAACAGAAACACGAGAUUAGGCGCUGAACGUUAUUUAGAGUUUAGAGCUUUUGUUUGUUUUGGUACUGCCGGGGGUUGGUUUCCAGGGUUAGAGUGGCACUCGUUGUUAUCUAUCGUGCCAGCCAGGGCCACGAGGAGGAGGAGGUUUAGUUGGCGUUACAGUUUCGCAUUACGAUAUUGGUCAUUAUUGCCACUGAUUGUUUUUUUUUUCAUUUUUAUUUUCUACUCCCUGGCUAAUUAAUUUCAUUCUCACUGUUUAGAACGUUUUAUCUCCUCUAGUUUAGAGUGGUUUAGACUUUAGUGAACUCUAAUAGUGAUUUAUUCUCUUUUUUAUACAAAAAAUAUAUAUACACAUAAAAUACACAAAAAAGCAAACAUUGUACAACAAACAAAUGAAAAUUGCGUACGGCUGUACGCGGGAAAUGGGUUUACUCUACGGAUGGCCGGAUGUUCGGAUAAUGUUGAUUCUCAUCACAACGAUUUCAUUUUGGUGGCAAAACAGCUUCACUAUGCGUUUUUGUAGAGUAAAAUUGGAACAGGUUGCGUCCACAAAAGGCAGUGGAAAGAGAUGUUUCGUUUAGAAUAACAGUUUAGCUGCGUGAUAUUGUUGAUUUAUUGAAGUAGAAUUUGAUUUUUUUUAUUUCAUUAUGUACUUUGUAUAAUGUUUGAUUUUACCUGCAACAGCCAUACUGUGUACGAUGCAGGGUAAAACGAGCUCUGCUACUACUAAUAGUUGCACGAAGACGACGGGGCUUUCCUGCUUUUCCCAUUCCCGUACCACAAAACAAUAUGCAAAUUUGAUUAUCUUGAGUUUGAUUAUUUCAAUUAACUUUCGCUUGCUAUAUAACUAUAUUGUGAGCGGAUCCUUUGAAAGGUCCUCUAUUAUUUUUAUACGAUUCCCACAUAUUAAGCUUGUGUGUAUUUGUAUGUGUGUCAGUCACCCGUAUAUUCCCAGUUUUUUUUUUUUGUUCGGUGUUAGUAGUGGUGCCGGUGUUCGUAAAUAAUUUGGAUUAUUUUAUGUUGUCGUCUACACACACCCACACUAAUUGUUGUCAUGCAAUGGUUCGCCUUCAUUUUACCAAUUUGGAAAGCUUAUUUUUCCAGUCGGCUGGGAUUUUAUCUUGGAUUAAAUAUUUCUUGUCCAUUAGUCUCGUAUGUAUUGUUUGCCUAAUGCACCAAAAAGUGAUUAUCCCGAUGAGUAAAUAUGUAUGCGAGCCUAGCUUUGUUGUGUAUAUGAUAGUUCAAAGUUAAUUGCGACCUUUGUUUUACAGUGAUCUUAUCAUCGGUACCUCGCGAUUCGAUGAACACACUCCCGCCGGACCACGUUUUGCCCAAUUUAGGAGCUUUCGUUUUGCAACAAAUCAUUAUUCGCAAAACCCGUAUAGCCGAAAUCAAGUUGCGCAUUGUGUGCGUUUGUUUUGCCUGUCGUGUAUUGUUCUCCUUACACUGACCCUCAACAAUAGCAGUGGUAUAUUUGUUUAUCUCUUCCCUUUUCGUUUGGUUUUGCAAUCGUAAAUAAUGCUUUACGGUGUGUGUGUGUGUGUGUGUGUGUGUGUGUGUGUGUGUGUGUGUG